CCAAGCCCCACCCUCAUCUGUACCAGUGUCGUAUUCAGGGGGGGGGGCAAUCAUGUAUCAUUACAGAUUUCAUUUGCAGAAAGAUAGUAGAUUUUACCAGUCAUCAUAAUAUAUUAUCAUCACAUAUUCAUAAUGGACAAGGCGUGUGACAUUGAGAGCCGUUACGGAGCCUUUAUUCGUCUAAAUUAGAAAUACAACAUAAUAGAUAUUUGCAAAGGAUUGCAGGCUGCCUCUCUAAAAAUAUCAUCUUCUUGAACUAUACUUCAAUUUGCCGAGAUAAUGCAGACGUCGUGACGUAAAAAAUGUCGUCAUUAUAAGCGCCUUUCUUUGAUAUACGUUCACAGUGAUGGGCAAGGAGAUGGGUCGUAAAGAACACUAUAAAGAACGCUCAGAUUUAAUGACAGUUUUUUUAAUAUACCUAUGAAUGUUUAACGAGUGAUUCUCAAAAUGGAGAGGAGGCGCACGUGCCUUGCGCCCUCUGUAUGGAGCCAUUAUACUGAGAGUGGGUACAAUAUCGUUUGAAAGCUGUGGUUCUGACCAGAUUCUGAUCAAGAUUCGAAGGCACUCAGACGCAUCAGAAGAUUAACAGAAGAAAUUGUGCCUUCAACGGAUAUCUGCUGAAGAGGAAUCAUCAUUGUCAUGGAAACUCUGAAUGUCUUUGGAGACGCAUCUCAAGGACAGAGUGCUCUUGAGGGCACCAUAACGCUGACGACAAUAGUAUAUGACUACCAGGAGAGUAAAGAAUCAAUGACUAAUGUAGUAAAUGAAUUAGACGUUCGUCAUUCUAACCUUGGACCGUGGUCCUUCCGACCGAUCACAUGGUCUUGGUGGAUCAUUCUUCAACUGAUAACCGCGAUUGUUGGCAUCAUAGGAAACGGACUCGUGAUGAUGGUGCUAUUCCAAAGAAGGUCAAAGCAACGCUCGACCGAUACCUUGGUUGGAGGGCUAGCUACGGCCGAUUUUCUGACAUCCGUCUUUGUGAUCCCCGUUCCCAGGGCGGGAAGGGUUCCUUUGACCUGGCUUGGUGAGGUUUAUUGCAAGAUACAAGAACCGAACAUCCCCAGAGAGAUAUCUGUGUAACAGCGUCUAUCUACAUCCUGGUCGCCAUAUCAAUGGAGCGUUACAUAGCCAUUGGGCAUCCGAUCUAUUUCAACCGUAUCCUGACGCGUGGACGCGUGGCAAUAUCCAUAGUCAUCAUCUGGUUAUUUGCCAUCAUUACUUCUUUUCCUCGAGUUUUUACCACCAGUGUCCACAACAUGGACACCCGGAGCACAUCGGGCAUCUGUGUGUACAAAUAUGCUAACCAAGCCAGUCAGGUCACCCUCUCCGUGUUUCUCUUCUGCCUCAGACUUUUAGUCCCAACGAUGGUCACGUUCACAACGCAGAUCCUGAUAGCCAGGCAUCUCUAUCGACAUGCUCGCACAUUUCAAAGGCAGAACAACGCAUCGUUUCAUGGUGUUGCUCGGCGUCGUGUUCUCAAGUUAAUGCUGAUCGUCAUCGUCACCUACAUCAUCUGCUGGGGACCAACUCAAGUCGCCACCUUUCUCUUCUUCUUUGGAGUUCUUCCUCCGACUUUCAGAAAGAGUCGAGGAUGGACGCUCCUCUUUGUCCUAUCACUUUUCAACUCCUGUGUCAAUCCUAUCAUCUACGCCAUCAGGUUCAAAGAGUUCAGGGAGGCGGUAUUCUCCAUGUUCAGGAAAGAGAGGCGUCCUCUGACCGGAAUAUUCGAGCAGGAAAAACAAAAGAGAAGCAACGACCGUGAUUCGCCCACCGGGAUGCAAGAAGGUGGAAGUUCCUCGACAAAAUAAUAUGGCAAAUCCUCGAAUUCUUCUGGUGUUACUGGUGCUCUUGGCAUCGCAAAAAUUCGUCAGCAGUAAACCAAUUACAGUUUUGCCUGAAUAUUUCUGUUGAUCCUUUUUAAAAUGUUCUCUUUUAGCUUUGAAUAUUCCUU